CCACCACCAUGCUGAGGGAGGAGGAGCAGCAGGAGUGGAGUUGCCAGGAGGCAAGACAGGAACAAGCAUUAUCUAUUCAACAAGCUGGAGGAAUUAUGCUGGACACACAAUGAGCUGGAGGCCUAAUAGCAACCAGAGGGGGGUAGUCCUGACAGCUUACCAUGCCAGCAACAAGGCUGCUGCAGCAGGUGGCCAUGCCAAGGACCAUGCCCAGGUGUCCCCUAGAAGUCGCAAAUCUGGGCAUUACUCGAUGAACCAUGGGAGCCUGAACAGUGCCUUGGAUAAAAUAACUUUCAACAGAUCAGGAUCACAAGACUCCUUAGAUGAACUGUCUCUUGAUGAUUACUGGACAGAAGUGGAGAACAUUAAGGAGAGCUCUGAUGAUAAUCAAGAGAAACAGCAUGUUGUAGUUAAGGAGCCUGAUGAGGGUGAGCUGGAGGAGGAAUGGCUCAAAGAAGCUGGACUGUCCGAAUUAUUUGGCGAGAGCUCCGCAGACUCCCAGGACAGCAUGGUAUUUCUAUCUACUCUAACAAAGACCCAGUCUGCUGCUGUCCAGAAACGAAUCGAUACAUUCACUCAGACCUUGAGGAAAAAAAACAAACCCUAUCAGAUCCCUGAUGUCCGGGAUGUGUUCAAGCAACCGACAAGCUCAAAGGACAAAGUAGAAGACUUGAAUGGAUUUCAAUCUACAGAGAAAAGUGAAGCAACAAGUGAAGAGCUCCAUGAAAAAUCUGAAGGGCUAGUAAAUGAAAAUGCAGAGGGAGCAGAAAACAAAGAUAUCCCUGUUCCUGAAACUGACAUCAAUCUAGAAAUUUCAUUUGCUGAGCAGGCUUCAAAUCUCAGAGAAUUUCUUACUAACAGGAAUGAGAAAGAAGAUGACACUUUAUUACCGAACUACAGACUUGCUCAGGACAAGACAGGCAUCACAAAAAUUGGUGAUUUGGCUCCUCAGGAUAUGAAGAAGGUGACUUCUCUAGCACUUAUCGAGCUUAGUGCCUUAUUUGACGUCCUGGGGACAGAGCUAAAACUUCAACGUCCUGUCAAAAUAAAAGUUAAAGAAACUGGUGUUUUCCAGGUACCUUUGUCGGUUUUACUGGAGCUAGAUCAGAGGAAAUAUCCAGGCACCAAAGUCCCACUCAUCUUUCAAAAUCUGAUUGAACAAGUUGAGAAGGGAGGACUGGAAACAGAAGGUGUUCUAAGGAUUCCUGGAGUGGCUACAAGGAUUAAAUCUCUAUAUAUGGAAUUAGAAGCCAAGUUUUAUGAGGGAACGUUCAACUGGGAUAGCGUGAAGCAGCACGAUGCAGCCAGUGUCCUGAAGUUCUUCAUUCGGGAGCUCCCUAUUCCAUUGCUCACCAUGAAAUACAUGAAAGCUUUCCAUUCUGUGCAGUACCUCCCAAGUAAAAAGCAUCGCCUCCAAGCUCUGAAUCUCCUGGUCAUACUUCUUCCUGAUGUACACCGUGAUGCCUUAAAAGCUCUACUUGAAUUCCUUCAAAGGAUCGUUGAUCACAGAGAACAAAAUAAAAUGACUCUGAAAAACAUAGCUAUGAUUAUGGCACCGAAUCUCUUUUCUCUUCACACCUCUCCUUUAAAAGCUCUGGAUCAGGACGCUCUUACCAGUGCAGCCCGGACGGCGUCUGUCAUGCUUUUCAUGAUCAAAUAUCAAAAGCUCCUCUGGACGAUCCCAAAGUUUCUUGUUGCACAAGUAAGACAACAAAACCAGAAAAAAUCUUCCAAGGAAAGAGCGAUGAAAAAGCUCCUGAAAAGAAUGGCAUAUGACAGAGAGAAGUCUGAGAAGACUGAAAAGAAUGCAGAUAAUGACAGUUCUCCGGGAUUCAUACGGGUACAAGCACCUCAGUUUUCCAAGGUUUCUAUGGCGGUACAACUAACAGAAGAUUUAAAAGCUGGUGACAUCUUAGCCCGGUUUCUUAAUCAGGAAAGUGGCACAUCAAGAAAUUUAAGGAAAGAAGAAGUUAGCUUAUAUGAAAUUGGAGGGAAUAUUGGAGAACGCUGCCUUGAAGAUACAACGUACAUGAAAGACCUGUCUCUACUCAAUCCCAAUGCUGAAUGGGUUAUAAAACCAAAGCCCAAGGAAUGAUCUGCCAGACAUAUAAAAUAGCAUAAUGUUCAAAAGAAGCAUGUGGCAUGUAGGGACAUAUUUAUCUUAAUGAGGACAGUACUGUAUGUACAGAUUGUAUUAAUUCACUACUGGGUACAGCCAGCACAUCCUUUAUAGCCAUUGGUGGUGUACAUUUCACCACUGGUAAUGGCCAGUUCUGUUCAUUUAUUAACGCAAUGCAUUUUAUUAAUUUGGUUUCAGAUAUGCUGGUCUAUAGUAGGCAGCCAUUUUUCAGGAGUAAUGAUUUUCUAUUGCUGAUGAAAGCAAUACUGGGUUGUGCAGAAUCCCACUGUUUUGAAGGUCCAGUCCUCCAGAAGACUCAUUUUGCCUUACUAGGUACAUGAAGGAAUUAUUGUAGCAGGACUAUAUUUUCUUUUUGUAUAGAUAUUAUUUUUGUUAUACAGUACAUGUACAUAUAAUUAUAUACAGUAUUUUUAAAAGGACCAUAUGAAGAAACCGUGGGAAGUAGACUUGUGUGAACCAUGUUUUCCUUUUUUUUUUUUAUAUAUAUAUUGCUUUAUAAGCUCAUUCUUUUUACAAAAGCCAUUGCCUGAGCAGCAUGUAAAUGUAUGUUUGCCUGUUCAAGUCUACAUCAUUCAUGCGUCGUUAAAUUCGUAAUCUGUCUUCUCAGGCUUUCUAUGACUAAAAACUGGUGGUUGUGCUAGACUAAUUCAUAGGCACAGAAAAUCAGAUUUUAGAAUGGAUUCUGGACCUACCAGUAGUAAAAAUCCAUUUUGUAACAUGUAAAAAGAUAAAGAUACUGUGAACACUGUCCCCUUGAUACAGAAUCUGGAACCAUUUGUGAAAUUUCAAAGCUGGCAAUGGACAUUUAUUAUGUACAUUGCAAAUAUUCUUCUUAGAAUAUUGUACCGUAAUCUAACUAGCCUUAAAGUGAAAUUGUCAUGUAAAUGAUGCUACCCUAACAGCAGGCAGCAAGACUUAGUGUUAGGUCUAAUCAUCAAAUUCAGAAAAGGUUUCCUUUAAUUUAUGAUAGAUGUAAUUAGUUUGGACCAUGUUAUUGAUAUCUAGAUUAAAACUUCGUUAAUAUAGUGGACUACAGGCCUGUGUAACAUUUCCAUAAGUUUAGUGUGCACCAAAGUAGAUGCUAAAAUUUUUGGUUCAGAAUGUCUUACUGUAUAUUCAGGUAAUUGUAUAUGAGUACAUAAAGAAAAGUGACCCUAUUUUGUGGUGUGUAGAAAUAAGUGUAAUCAACCAAACCCUGUCUGUCAAAAAAA